CUUCCUGUCUUGUGGGUGGGUUAGCUGCUGUAUUUAAACAGUACAUCUUUUAAAAGACGCCUCAUACAGCUUCGAGUGUUACUGAGACACAGUUCCCUCCGUCACGGAGUGCGAGGGUGUAGGCUGGUUUAUCAACCACACAAGUCAAAUUCUGCUUUAACUGCUGUUACUGGAAAUGGAGAAUUAUUUGCUGCUUCUUCUGCUCAUGCUGAUGGGUAAAAAUGGAUUGUGUCAACAGGAGAAAGGUUGCUCAAAGUCGAUGGUCAACUCAUGUGGUGACUGUAUGAGAUCUGCGCCAGAGUGUGUGUGGUGCAAACAGCUGAAUUUUACAAAAGCAGGUGAGCAGGAAGCAGUGCGCUGUGACACCAAAGCUCAGUUGAUGAAGAGAGGCUGCAAGAGGGAAGAAAUCAUCGCCCCGGAGAACACUAUAGACAUUGUGAAGGCAGAUCCUCUGUCUGUGUCAUUUGACAAACAGCUGAAAGAGCCUGUUCAGCUGAGUCCACAGAAGAUUAGUUUGAGACUGCGACCUGGGCUCCCUAAGACAUUCAGGGUUUCUUUCAAAAGAGUUCAGGGUUAUCCUGUUGAUCUCUACUACCUGAUGGACCUGUCCUACUCCAUGAAAGAUGACUUGGCAAAUGUCAAAGGACUGGGAAAAGAUCUUUUUGCAGCUCUGAAGAGUAUCACAAAUUCUGCUCAAAUAGGGUUUGGUGCAUUUGUUGAUAAGACAGUUCUUCCUUACACUAACACCAACAAGGAGAAACUGCUGAAGCCGUGUGAUGAGAAUGACCAACAGUGCCAGGCUGCCUUUGGCUACAGACAUGUGCUUAGUAUGACGUCAGAAGAAGAACAGUUCAAAACAAAAGUAACAGAGGAGUUCAUUUCUGGGAACUUGGACUCUCCAGAAGGUAGUCUGGACGCCAUGAUGCAGGCAGCCGUGUGUGGGGAAAGAAUAGGUUGGAGGAACAGCAGCACUCGGCUGAUUGUGCUGACCACUGAUGCCGGAUUCCACAUGGCCGGAGAUGGAAAAUUAGCUGGCAUACUGGAACCCAAUGAUGAACAGUGCCACAUAGAAAACAGCUUGUACACCAAAAGCAAUGAAAUGGACUACCCAUCUGUUGGACAACUAGCCAUGCAGUUGGAAAAAAACAAUAUUCAGCCAAUAUUUGCAGUGACAGAAAAUGUGGAGGAUGUGUACAAGCAACUCACUAAAUUGAUUCCAAAAUCAGAGGUGGGAGUUCUGUCCUCAGAUUCCAAAAAUGUGGUUCAAUUGAUCAAGGAGGCCUACAAAAGGUUGUCAUCCAAAGUGACUGUGACCCAUGACAAUCUGCCUGAGCAUGUGAGCGUUGUCUACACCCCUAACUGCAAGGGUGCAGGACCAGCAGGGGAGAGCGAAGGGAUUUGUGAUAAUGUACCAGUGGGAGAGGAGAUUUAUUUUAAUGUCACAGUGACAGCAGACACAUGUAUUGAAGACAAGUCUUUCACCAUAAGACCACUGGGAAUUAAAGACACAUUGACAGUGACCCUAUCUUCAAACUGUGAGUGUAAAUGUGAAGACCCACAGGACAGCAAUCACCCACACUGCAACGGCACAGGAAGAGUUAGCUGUGGUAUUUGCAGCUGCAGUGAAGGCUCCAUCGGUCAGUUCUGCGAGUGCUCUAUUGGGGAAAAAGACGAGAUCACGCUGCGAGCGUCCUGUCAGAGGAACAACGGCACAGAGUGUGAGGGCAGAGGAGAUUGUGUAUGUGGCAGGUGCCAGUGCCACACCACAGAGGGUGGAAGUAGUUACCAUGGUGACUUCUGCGAGUGUGACGAUGAACACUGUGAGAAGUUCCAGAAUAAACUAUGUGGAGGAAACGGUAAAUGCAAUUGUGGCACAUGUGAAUGCUAUACAGGCUUUGAAGGCUCAGCCUGUCAGUGUAUGGUGAGUGAGGAGGGCUGUCGGACCCUCAACAACACUGUGUGCUACGGCAGAGGGACCUGCAAGUGUAACCGCUGCGAGUGUAAGGAGGGAUACCAGCAUCCACGAUGCCACAAAUGCCUCGGCUGCCCAGACCCCUGCCAGACCAAACUGAACUGCAUUGAAUGCCUUGGCUUUGAGUCCGGUCCCUUUAAAAAAAACUGCAGUGCGGCUUGCAAAAGCAUUUAUCACGAGAUGGUUGAUCAGUUCACCGUACAAAGCAAGAAGUGCCAGCAGAAGGACACGGAGGGAUGCUGGAUCAGGUUCAAUCUGGAUCAGUUGGUCGGAGAGGAUCACUACAAGGCUGAAAUUCUCAAACAGAGAGACUGUCCGGAGCCCCCCAGUGUCAUAGCUAUCAUCGGGGGCUCCAUUGCAUCUGUUGCUCUCAUUGGCAUCCUGCUGCUGAUGCUCAUCAAGCUACUCAUCUACAUGAAGGACAUAAAAGAAUUCAGAAAAUUUGAAAAUGAAAAGAAGAAAUCCAAGUGGGCAGAGGCUGACAACCCUCUGUUCCAGACGGCCACCACCACGGUGAGCAACCCCACCUUCACCGGAGAGUGAGACACACAGAGGUGCAGCGCUCACACAACACACAGCCAUGUGUGUUUAGGGCAAGGUCAUUUGUAAUGCCCUUCGCAAAUAUUUAUCAACUUGUGUUAAUGUUGACACGCUGUCGUUCUUAAAGAGGCCCUAUUCUGCUUUUUGGGUUUUUCCCUUUCCUGUAGUGUGUUCUAAUGCAGGGGUUUUCAAAGUGUGGGAAGGUGAGCCUCCCCUCAGAGAACA